AUGUCCAGGCCAUCUAAAAAACAUAUAAUCUCUUUUGAUGCCUAUAGCACCUGCAAAAGAUCUAAAUCAAUCACUAAAGCGAGUAAUGUGAAACCUUAUAAACACACUGAUCAGUCUGCAUCCUACUCUGAUCUUCCCUCACCCACACUAAACGUGCACCGUUUACUUGGACAAGACAUAUCACUACCUUGCAUCUCGCUUGUCGAUAUAAAUAAGAGCAGUCACAAACCGUUAGAGUCGACAUCAUUUGUCAGUCCAAACAAAAGCACCACAUGUUGUGAGCAGUAUUUAGACAGUGCUGUUGACCCCAAACACCCAGCAAUCUCACAAUCGGUCAUCCUGAAUAGCGGCCCACGGAGUACAUGUAAGCCUGCCUACAAUAGCCAGCCCGAUGAUGUAGAUCUUGACUACUCACCCAGACAUAUACCCCAGACACAUCCCCCAACCAAGUGUGCACAAAGUGACCAUCCACUAGACACAUGCAACAGGCCUGUAUGUAACCAUAUCGACCUUAAAAACUUUGAUAUAAACUCCAAUAAUCUCACCACUGGUGGACCUAAAAGCAGCAAAACAGAACUUAGCCUCACCCAAACUAUUCAAGACCUAUUACCGUACAAAUAUUUAAUCAGUGUUCCAGAAAAUCCCGAUCUGGAAAUUAUAAAAAACACUGAAAAAGUAAUUGACCAUAUAUCAUCUGAAGUGUUGAAAAGACUUCAGUGUAUGCAGAAUGUCAUUGUGUAUAAUAUACCUGAUAGUACGAACAUAAAAAUUGCUAAAAAUACUCUACUAUAA